UCGGAAACAUGGUUUGUGAAAAAUGUACGAGUGACAUUUCUCUCUUUAAUCUUGUUAUGUAAGUUUGAAGCUAAUGGAAGUUGUUUGUGUCAACGAAGUCUCCCCGAACGCUGACGAAGGUGAGAAGAAGCUUGGUAGAGUUAUCACUCCGGACACUUGGAAGGAUGGAGCUCGGAAUACAACAGAAAGUGGAGGGCGCAAGUUGAAUGAAAACAAAAUGCUGACAUCUAAAAAAGCAAGGUUUGACCCUUACAGCAAGACGGGCUUUGCUGUCUGCAGGAUCUGCAAGAGCUCGGUUCAUCAAGCUGGGUCUCACUACUGCCAGGGUUGCGCUUACAAGAAAGGAAUCUGUGCGAUGUGUGGAAAGAAGGUUCUGGACACCAAGAACUACAGGCAGACGUCUGUGUGAUGUAGUCGUGGUCCGAGAGCAUUUUCAUGAGUGCAAAACAUAGACUGUGAAAGAGACGCCCUGAGGCGUCUUCUUUAUUUUAGAUUAUUGUAUCACACCACUGGAUCUGUUCCAUUCUCAAGCAAACAGCGUUGUCUCCAAAUAGAUCAUCUGUCCGUAAAGUGACCGCUUCCAGAGGUGUUUUUGUCAUUAGUCCCUAAACUAAGUGUAUCCGCUUCUUUGAAAAUGUAUGCAUGUAAUAUUUGCUGUGUUGAAUUUGAGUGAAAUAAAGCUGCCAGUUUGA